AUUCCAGAGUAAAAUCAACCGCAUAACAAAGUAUCCUGCGAUCCAGCCAUUAUCCAGCUAUGUGCUCCGAAGCCAAUCCUCUCCAUAUGCUUUUCUUCCCUUUAACGAUGCAAGGCCACAUGCUCCCUAUGGUCGACAUGGCCAAGAUCUUUGCCGUCCAUGGUGCCCGCGUCACCAUCCUUACUACUCCUGUUAAUGCCACCAUUAUUCGCCCCAAUAUCGAUGACUCUGUUCAUCUCCACAUCAUCCCUUUUCCCACUGUCGAAUUCGGCCUCCCCGAUGGGUGCGAAAACAACUUAUUCAUCCUUUCUGAUGACCUACAAGUCAAUCUCAUGAAAGCUAACUAUUCGCUUCGCCACACUUUUGACUCCGUGGUUGUAGAUCUCAGCCCCGACUGUGUUGUAACUGAUUUAUUCUUGCCAUGGACAUAUGAUGUUGCUACUGCGAGAGGUAUUUUGAGGCUUGUCUUUCAUGCUACUAGCAACUUCUUAGCCUGCGCCACGAGUGCUUUACAGCAAUGCCUCCUACCAGCAAACAAGGUUGAGUCCUUUGUCUUGCCCGGCCUCCCACAUCGAAUAGAGAUGUUAAAAACCCAAAUCAUAGACUUCAACAAAUUAGCAGGAACGCCAAUGGAGUUCAUGAUGGAGAUACUUAAGGAGGCGGCAGAGGUGGAAGUGAAGAACUAUGGGGCAUUGAUGAAUAGUUUCUAUGAGCUAGAGUCUGAAUAUGCAGACCACAACCGCGAGAGGGUGGGAAGGGUGUGGAAUGUCGGCCCAGUUUCUCUAUGCAACAAAGAGGUGAUAGAUAAGUCAACAAGAGGUGGGGAGUAUCCAGCGUUUGUUAACGAGUGCCUGAAAUGGCUUGACAAAAAACCUACAGGCUCGGUCGUGUACAUGUGCUUUGGAAGUAUGAGCCUUUUCUCGGUUGAGCAAUUGAGUGAAAUGGCGCUUGGGCUCGAGGCAUCAAGACAUCCAUUUGUUUGGGUGAUGCGGAAUGAGGGCAAUGAUUGGAUUCCAAAGGGCUAUGAAGAGAGAAUUAAAGAUGUAGGGAUGUUGAUAAGAGGAUGGGUCCCACAACUAGUUAUACUAAAUCAUGAUGCAGUUGGGGGAUUUGUGACUCAUUGUGGGUGGAAUUCUAGUUUAGAAGGAAUUAGUGCGGGGUUGCCGAUGGUAACAUGGCCAUUGUAUGCGGAUCAAUUUUUUAAUGAAAAGCUUUUGAUAGAUAUAUUGAAGGUUGGGAUAAUGGUGGGCUCAAAAGUGAACACUUUUAAUAUGGAGACGAGGCCAAUUGUGAAGGCUAUGGUAGUGGAGAUGGCUAUUAGGAGAUUGAUGGGGGAUGGGAUGGAGGCAAAUGAAAGGAGGAGGAGGGCUAUACAACUAAGGGAGAUGGCCAACAGAGCUGUGGAUAAGGGAGGGUCAUCUUAUGAGGAGAUCAAAAAUUUGAUGAAUGAAUUAAUUGAUCGAAAGAAGCGUGUGUAGCUUAGCUAUUGUUGUCUACAAUUAUUGUGUAGUUAAAUGUUUGCAUCUCACUUAAAGUUUAAAUUAGCAACUUAUUUAAAUGGUUCUAAAGUACUUUUUAUGCAAAUUGCUAGUAAUAGUUGUUGCAUCGCGAUAUAAAGCUAUAAAGAAGUUGUUUCAUGAGGUGCUGAAAAGGAUCUA